AUGCUCAGGAAUAAAGAUGAAGAAAUAAAAAGAGAAAAUGUAAUACCAUUUAAAUUAGUUCAUCAUGAAUUCUCAUAACUUAAAGAUAAGCAAAAUCAAAGGAACCAAUUGUUAAACAAUAAUAAAAAGAACAAAUGCAAAUAAAUAUAUAAGGGAAGAGGUUAAGUGCAAAGACAGGAUUUUGGGUCUAGCUAACCCCUAAUUCAAUAAUUAAGAUACAAAAUAAAACCGUAAUUUGUUCUCUUCUUUAAGCCUAAUCAUGAGGAAAUGUAAAUUUAUUUGGAGUAAUAAAUAGAUGAAUAAUUCUCAAUUUAGGGGGACAAUUUCAAAGUAUCAUACUUCAAAUAAAGUCUAGUAAUUGAUUUCAUUAAAAGGAGAGUGAUUUAAACACAAGAAUAUAAAUUUAGUUUUGAGAUAGAAUUAGGAAGGAUAAUAGCUGAGAUUACUGUAUAUGAAAUUGACUGA